AUGACCGACUUCCCGGCCAAGGUCAACACCCGCACCAGCAGCCCCCCCGCCGGGGCGCCCGGGGCUGCCGGCCCCGCCGCCGCCUCCCUGGACCUCCGCUUCCUGGGGUCCCCCUUCGGCGUCCUGAUGGUCGUGGAGAUCGUGUUGGGCUGUUUGGUGUGGACCCUCAUUGCAGACACAUACUACCAGCCCUACCCUUCCUACGGCUGGGUGAUGUUCGUAGCCGUCUUCUUCUGGAUGGUGACGGUCAUCCUGUUUGCGAUGUACCUUUUCCAGCUUCAGCUGAAACUGUACAUGAUCCCAUGGCCUAUCGUGCUACUUGUAUUCAACGUUGCAGCCUCCGUCUUGUACGCCACGGCUUUUGUCACGAGUGCCACGUCUGUCGAGCUUUACUCCUGGCCUCAUUCGCCGGACUACAACAGAAGAGCUGCCGCCUCGUUCUUUGCUUGUCUGGUGAUGAUCAUCUACGGGGUCAGUUCCUGCCUCAGCUUUCGAGCUUGGAAAGGAUACGGAAGCAACGCAGCCACCAGUCAAGUGACGAUUUCUAAUCACGCCUAA